UAACACCGAAUCGGUUGUUCCUUCGCGAGUGCUCUAAGGGAAACAUUCAACUCACUGAAUUUAUCACUAACGUGGGAUAACUCUUCAGAAGUAUGUUUCAAAUUAUCACUAAAAAAAUAUGAGUUGCAACUGUCCCCUGUCGACAGCCACAGGACCCACUUUGGCCUCGACAUGUGGGGGGCCUUCCUUUAUGCUCUUUAUGGGUCUCCUUGAGGUGUUCCUACGCAGUCAGUGUGAUCUCGAAGAUCCUUGCAAUCGACCUUUGCCACGCGAUCGUGUCAAUUCAAGGUACGAUUUUGUGGUAAUAGGAGGUGGAAGUGCAGGGGCAACUGUGGCCUCAAGAUUAUCGGAAGAAAAUCGUUAUUCCGUAUUGUUGCUCGAAGCAGGUUUGGACGAGCCAACCGGUACGCAGAUACCUUCCUUUUUCUUUAAUUUCUUGGGAUCAGAUAUCGAUUGGCAAUAUACUACCGAAAGUGAAGAUGAGGCAUGUCUCAAUAAAGAAGAUCGAAAAUGCUACUGGCCGCGAGGAAAAGUAUUGGGAGGAACAAGUGUAAUGAAUGGAAUGAUGUACAUGAGAGGUUCAAGAAAAGACUUUGAUGACUGGGAUCGAAUGGGAAAUUCCGGUUGGUCCUAUCAAGAUGUUCUUCCGUUCUUUAUAAAAAGCGAGGAUAAUUUACAAGUCAACGAUAUGGAUUAUGGCUUUCAUGGAGUAGGUGGACCACUCACUAUCACUCAAUUCCCAUAUCAUCCACCACUGAGUUUUGCACUCCUUCAAGCCGGAAGGGAAUUGGGUUACGAGACAGUGGAUCUUAAUGGCAAUUCCCAUACCGGAUUCGCAAUUGCUCAAACAACAUCAAGAAAUGGUUCACGUCUAUCUACAGCCCGAGCUUUUCUUCGACCGGCUCGAAAUCGUCAUAAUCUACAUAUUAUGUUAAAUUCCACCGCAACGCGAAUUAUUUUCGAUGAGAACAAACGAGCAGUGGGUGUUGAAUUUGUGCACAAUGGACAAUUACAAAGGGUUGAUGUAGGCAACGAAGUUAUCAUUAGUGGAGGUGCUGUAAAUUCACCGCAAAUACUUUUAAACAGUGGAAUAGGUCCGCGAGAGGAAUUACAAGCUGUUGGAAUACCUGUGGUUCAAGAUGUUCCAGGAGUUGGGAGGAAUCUUCAUAAUCACGCGGCAUACACACUCACAUAUACGAUAAAUGACACGGAUACAACGCCAUUGAAUUGGGCAACUGCCAUGGAAUAUUUACUUUUCAGAGAUGGUCUAAUGUCAGGAACAGGAAUAUCGGAAGUGACUGCUAUGAUAAAUACAAAAUACUCAGAUCCAAGGGAAGAUAAUCCGGAUAUACAAUUGAUUUUUGGUGGUUAUUUAGCGGAUUGUGCAGAAACGGGAAUGGUUGGUGAGAAGAAAGGAGCAAAUAGGACAAUUUAUGUAAUUCCAACACUUCUUCAUCCUAAAAGUAGAGGUUAUUUGCGUUUGAGAAAUAACGAUCCCCUCUCAAAACCAAUGAUUUAUCCAAAAUAUCUCACACAUCCCGACGAUGUCGCUGGACUUAUUGAGGGAAUUAAAUUUAGCAUUCAAUUAGCAGAAACAAGAGCUCUUAAAAAAUACGGUUUCGAGUUGGACAGAACACCAGUGAAAAAUUGCGAACACUUGAAAUUUGGCUGCGACGCCUAUUGGGAAUGUGCAAUGAAACAUGAUACAGCACCAGAGAAUCAUCAAGCAGGUUCUUGUAAAAUGGGACCAAAUUCCGAUCCAAUGGCAGUUGUUGACAAUCAAUUACGAGUCCGAGGGGUUCGAGGAGUACGAGUUGCUGACACUAGUAUUAUGCCACAAGUCACAUCCGGAAAUACGAACGCACCGGCAAUUAUGAUUGGCGAAAGAGCUGCAGAUUUCAUUAAAAGAGCAUGGAUUGGAUGAAUAAUAUUUCACAAUCUAAAUUUAAAAAAAAAAAAAGUGACAAACGUCCAUUUAAAAACUGAUUUAAACAUGAAAAGAAGAAAAUAACGAAAUUUUUCAAGAUAUACCUAGAAUAGAAACUAAAGAUUAUUCAAUGUUAAAAUUCGAAUAUUCCUAGAAAUGGGAGGAUAUAUCUCCUUUUUUUUCAUGUACACCGCAGAACGAUAAUCAGCAUAAGAAAUGGAAACGUAAAAUCUUACAUCACAAAAAUAACUAGUGAAAAUAUGAACAAGCGAGUCGAAAUAAUUGACUUGCGCAAUGUAUGUACAAAAAUAAGUUGUUUCAAUCAAACCUAGAGUAAACGCAUAGUUACACGUACGUAGGAAUUAUCAUAUCAAUUACUUUUUCAUCAUUCACAAUGAGAACCAUGUUUCAGUGGUAGGGAGGAGAGAGAUUAAUUUUAUAACCUGUACUUAGAGGUGAAAGUACCCGGCUGCCUAAUAAGGUACUUCUACCAGAAAUGUAGAUUUCAGAUUGAUCAUUUACCGGAAGUCGCAUAUUGGUUUUAAAUCUUUGCCAAUUUCUCAUGUAAACAAUAAAAUCAUCAGGCAUUGAAAAAUUUGUUUUAAAUUUGAAAAAAGUAAUAUAAAAUAUAACAAAAUUUUUGAUAAAUUUAAAAAAAAAAUCCGUCAAAUUGUAUUUAUUAUAAAACAAUUUUCAAAAUGUUAGUUAAUUAUUAGUAACUAAUAAAUAAGUCAACAAAACUA